AUGGUUGCAAAACUAUGUCACCAAAUCAAUACAGCAGCCAAGGCCUUAGAAGAUGUGAAGGAUAUCCUUACACCUGGACUCCAGGCAGAAUUGAACGCGCACCGUGAGGGUGAACUUGCAGGUCAUUAUCAAGCAAAUAGACAUCAGGUCGUCAAAUCCUCCCGCAGGCAGGUGCAAGUAGAUGGAGUCCUCACUAUUAAGGAUGCCAAUCGCAAGAUCGCGACCCAUAGAGCAGAUGAGAUGAAAAAGAUGUUCAAUAAGACUCUUCAAUUGAUUGGAAUCAAAUCUACAAAAUCUACAGCCACUCAAUCACAACAAGAUAAUUCUAUAGAAUCUCAACUUACAGUGGAUUCUACACCUUCUAAUGAGUAUAUAGAUAAUCUUUAUGUUAUAGAUAGAUGUGAUGAUGAUUAUUAA